UGUGGACUGUGGUGGCGUCACACUCGCUCACUGUUUGUGGUGGCAGGAGGUGCGUGUAGAAUUCACUCCGGCAGUCAGUCAGUGAUGGUGGUAGUGUGCCAGGCAUGACCGUGUCGUGUAGUGUUGUGUCGCGUGGUGAUGCCUCAGACAAUAAGUGCAUAAAUAAUACAUAACUUGUAUGAAAAUAAUGACAUUUAGUUGACUUAGGAAGUAAUAUCUUGUAUAAGAGACAUGAGAGCGUUGUUGUGUGUGUUGGUGUUGGUGCGGGGAGCUUGGUGCACCAUGGUGCCCUACACGCUGGGGGACACCACCAUCAUGGUGGACAGCGCCGUCCUCGGUUACAACUCCCCUCUGCUGGCGCACCUCAAUCAAGGGAUGCCCUUCCGUCGGGAGAGUGGAGUUGUGUCGGGCAGCCAUGCAGGUGACGUAAAGGUGGGCAGCAGCCAGAGCCAUGAGGUGGAUGAGGCCCCAGAGCUAACUAGUGCCAGCGGGGCCUUCUGGCCACACCACCACAAAGACUCCCACGAACAGUUCUCUAACAGUGACUUCUUGGCCGGCCAUGAUGGCAUGUUGGAUAUCAGUGUGUUGCCGCAGCGUCAGGCAGUGUUCCCCAGCCGCCCGCCGCCCGUUACCCUAGAGGGCUUAGGUGAUGCUACGGGGAUCUACUUGCAGGAGGAGGACCUGCCACAGCGGCCUCACGCCAACACCCCGCCCUUCUACUACUCUGUGAAGACUCCAGACAUAACUCAGGUGUCAGAGAAGAUUCAUCACAUCGUGACGUCACUCAACAACAAGACGGUGGGCGGAAAACUAAACGAUCGCGCCCCCAUCGAUGAUAUCUAUUUCCCAUCUCAAAUGCCGCCCAUCCCCAGCGAUGUGAGGCUAGACAGUUUCCCUGAGUACCCUAUUCAGCCACCUGGCCGCCUCGGCAACCAUCAGUCCGCCAUAACCAACAAGGAGGGCUUCACUGGGGUCAUACAUAUGGUGCCCAAAGAACCGGGCCACCAUGAUGCUUUCCCUGCUAUCCUGGGAGACUACAACCCCGCCCUAAGUAGUGAUCCUCUACCCUUCCCUCCUAUCCCGGGUGGUGACCUACCUAGAACACCCUAUGACCAAGACCAAACUAUUAACGACCCUCAGCAGGUGAGUGACUUUAGCGACCUCUGGGUCUCUGAGGACGACCGCCAGACCCCAUACCUUCACACCCUGGACUCUGGUGGGGGGUCACGGGUGAAUCAGGGGCAAGAGUCUGCUAGCGGAUCUGAUCAUGGCACCCGAGAGUCAGCAGAGAGUCACCUGCUGGCUGAUAAUGAGAAACCAGCCUUUGUUGUUGAUCUCACAGCAGCAGAAGAAACUGUCCAUGUGGCUAAUGACCCAGAAAUUGCUGGCCAGGUUGAGGCCUUUGCUCACUCAAACAUCCCACAAGAGACGGUUACUAUUUCUACUGACCAACAGGAGACAGACACCGAGUCAACUGCUCUAUAUGAGAGAGUCACCGAGCCUGUCAGACACGACAACAUUACUGACUCGACUGACGACCAAGUUACAGUUACUGACUCAAAUAACCGACAGGAGACAACUACUGACUCAAGUAACCGACAGGAGACAACUACUGACUCAAAUAACCGACAGGAGACAACUACUGACUCAAGUAACCGACAGGAGACAACUACUGACUCAAAUAACCGACAGGAGACAAAUACCGACUCAAAUAACCGACAGGAGACAACUAAUGACCCAAAUAAGCGACAAGAAACAAUUAGUGACUCAGAUAACCGACAGGAGACAGUUACUGACUCAAAUAACCGACAGGAGGCAACUAUUGAGUCAAAUAACCGACAGGAGACAGUUACUGACUCAAACAACCUACAAGAGACAACUACUGACUCAAAUCACCGACAGGAGACAGUUACUGACUCAAAUAACCGACAGGGGACAACUACUGACUCAAAUAACCGACAGGAGACAACUACUGACUCAAAUGACCGACAGGAAACAACUACUGACUUAAAUAACCGACAAGAAACAACUACUGACUCAAAUAACCGACAGCAGACAACUACUGACUCAAGUAACAGACAGGAAACACUUAACGACUCAAAUACUACAGUGGGGGGUGACCAGGUGGUGCCCGAAGACCCGAUGAUGUCUCCUGUAGGUGACGGUGAAGAAGGUAUCCCAGGCGUCACACAAGCCAUCACCACUGAGGACACACUUAAUAUCGCCCUAGAGGAGGUGCUUAUACAGAAGGUGGAGGAGCUGAAACAAGGCGAGAAAGAAGAGAUGUUACAGGGCGCCGUGGAAGAGAAGGACCAGUUAGCUCUCAAUCAGGUUAUGGCAGACCUCUUCGACAACUUGUUUGAUUCAGAGACCGACACCCAGAACAAACAAACACACACGGAUGUCGAUUAUGACUUAGAAGAAAUGAGAACAGAACAAGAUGAUUCACAAAUAAUCGUCAAAACUAGUACAAUAAUACCCGAGGAACAUAUGGACGAGAGUGAACAUACGUUGUCACAAAGCGAUGGUGUUGAUGUGAUUUCUGGUCAGGGGGAGAACGAGCAAGAUAUACCAUCACUUACAUACUUUCAAGAUCACGAGGAAGAUGGAGUUGGGCGACCUGGGAAUGUCGAGGGAGUAGCGUUAUCAAGUACUGUUGAAAGUGAAGGUGGAGAUGAGCUCCACACACACUCCACCGACGAGAACGAGUCCUCCCCAACACCCCAAAACAAUCCCUCCAUACUCACGGAUUUUCCACCAACUCGAGAGGGACCCGACGCAGCAGACACCCACAGUGAAGAAUCAGAGGAUGGCCCUGUUCAUUACUCCCCUGGCCUCCUCGUCCCUUACCUCAUUACCCAGGAGCAGGCCAGCGACACCUACGUGGAUGACGAGUCAACUUACCUCUCCAGACACGAGCCUCCACGCCCCGACGACGACGGGCUCAAUACCUGGUUCGAUGAAGACCCCAUCAGUAUCUUUGAUUCCUUGUACGCUGAUAAGUUAAAGCCAAGGCCAUUCCUGGAGCCAGAAGAAAAUAUAAGGGUGUCUCAGGGCACUUCUGGAUCAGGAAUGUCCCAGGUAAACCUUGGCUCAAAGCCGGUGAUAAGAGUGCCACAGUUGAGACCCCAGUUGGCACCAGCAAGUCAAUCGUCAGGGUCAGUACCGCCACUGCCUCAGCCGGCACCAGGGGUUCCAUCGUCAGGGUCACCACCGCCACUGCCUCAGCCGGCACCAGGGGUUCCAUCGUCAGGGCCACUACCGCCACUGCCUCAGCCGGCACCAGGGGUUCCACCGUCAGGGUCACUACCGCCACUGCCUCAGCCGGCACCAGGGGUUCCAUCGUCAGGGUCACUACCGCCACUGCCUCAGCCGGCACCAGGGGUUCCAUCGUCAGGGCCACUACCGCCACUGCCUCAGCCGGCACCCAGGGUUCCAUCGUCAGGGUCACCGCCACUGCCUCAGCCGGCACCAGGGGUUCCAUCGUCAGGGUCACUACCGCCACUGCCUCAGCCGGCACCAGGGGUUCCAUCGUCAGGGUCACUACCGCCACUGCCUCAGCCGGCACCAGGGGUUCCAUCGUUAGGGUCACCACCGCUCUUUCCUGUACGGCGAGUGGCGUCAACACCAAGACCGGAUGAAAACGACGUAAGCGUGAGUCGUCCUCAGAUCCCAGGCUACGUCCCUCCGCCUGGCCACCACCGCGACAGCCAGGGGGAGAACGCCACGCUGAGUGAGGAGCAGGAGAGCAGCGACAACACCACCACCAUCUUCCAGGGCGCCGUGUUCCAUAGUGCUACGCCCAGCCUACUAAGGAAGUCCUCCUGUAAGUGUGGAAUACGACUAAGUUCUAAGAUCGUGGGAGGUCAGCCAGUCACCAUUAAUCAGUACCCUUGGAAUGUGGCUCUCCUCAACACCAUCACCGGCUUGGCCUUCUGCGGCGGGGCCAUCAUCAAUGACUUGUAUAUCAUCACUGCCGCACACUGUGUCAACACCAUAAGUGUCGAUAAGUUGCUGGUGCGCGUGGGGGAGACCUCACGACAAGGACAGUCAACUCUCCAAGUUCCCGUCCAGAGCAUCAUUGUCCAUCCUAAUUAUUCCGGAAUCACAAGUGACGACAUCGCGCUGGUGAAGCUGGCCCGCCCGUUAGAAUACAACGAGAAGAUCCUGCCCGUGUGUCUCGCUAGAGGAAGAGAAGACAUCAACAACGAGAAAGCCAUAGUAACUGGGUGGGGGAGGAAGACGUUCGAGGGGGCGCUGCUGGAUGAACUGCACGAGGUUAAGAUCAAGGUCCUUCCCACCCGGAAGUGUCGGAGAAAGUCGGAAUAUAAUUUUAGUGAAGUACACAAAAAGAUCAUCUGUGCUUUAGGACCCGGCAAGGACGCCUGUCAGGGAGACAGUGGGGGCCCGUUGACGUACCUGGACGGUGACCAGUACGUACAUAUUGGUAUAGUGUCGUGGGGUAUCGGCUGUGCUAACCCAGACUACCCCGGCAUCUACACUAGGAUCUCCUCUUACAAAAAAUGGAUCCAAGAGAACGCUGUAGGGGGUCAGACUUGCCAAAGGUCCUUCUUCAAGCAACGGAGCGGCAACAAGAACAGAGGAAAUAAAAACAAAUCCAAAGGGACUGCGGGUAUCAGAGAUGCAGGCGAGAGUACCAAGGAGGAGGGGAAUGAAGGAGGAGGAGAGGUAGAGGAAGAAGGAAAGGUGGAGGAGGAAGAAGAAAUGAAGGAGGAGGAGGAGGGGGGUUUUGAUACUAGUGUCCUCGAUUCAAUACUGGGGUCUAGUAGUGAGGACCCUGCAGCAGUACCCACCUUCACCGACAUACACAAAGUACUUGAUCCUGACAAUGAAGACGACGGUGAAAGAGAGAACAACAAGAGAAGACGGAAUAAGAAUAAAAGGAAGAAGAAUAAGAGGAAACAAAACAAAGAUGCGAUGAAUGGGGGGGAUGGAAAUAUUGCUGAUGAUGAAGAAGAGGAGAAUGAGAAUAAUGAUAUGAAUCAGUAUGAAGACAUGGGAGGUGUGGAAGAAGAAGGGGAGGAGGAGUCAGACAACAAAAACAAACAAAAUAAAAAUUCUGGCAACCGAAGGAGAAAUAACAAUAAAAAGGGGAAUAAAAGAAAUGGCAAUAAGAAAAGAAAUAAGAACCAAAAUGGAGAAGAUGAAGAAUGUAAUGAAGACGCAAGCAACAGUACGAAACAGAAGGUAAACAAGGAUAAUCGAAGGAAAACUAAUCAAAAUAAGGGGAAUGAAGAGAGUGAAGACGAAGUAAACAUUGCUAACGUAGGAGGAGAGGAUGUAGAAGAUGAGGUGGAUUGGUCUAACCUGUCGGAGGCGCUGAAGGGUAUUGCCUAUAUCAUUAAGAAAGAAUCCGAAGUCACACAGUCGAACCCAGAUGAAAACGUCGGAUUGUAAGCAUUAAAGGAAUCAAUACAAUAUAUACACUCACAUCACGCAUCAAACAUCACAGUACGUGUAGAAACAAUUAUAUUAUGUAGUGUGUUGAUUUUGUAGUUUGUAUGAGUCUAAAUUUGAAAUAUGUGACGAGUGAUUGCAAGCACAGUACAGCUCACUUCAUUUGUGUUUGUCUGAUGGAAAAUGUAAGUGAUGUCAGUUGUGUAUAGCCAAUCAGAAACGAUACUAAAAGUAGCGUAAUGUAUUCCACAAAUCCCAUAAUUUAGGUAGGCUUUUAGGUUAAGAACAGUAUGUGAUGAUGGGAUAAAUGCGUCCAUUAGUACCUAUUGUAUUACAUUCAUAAAUCUGUAAUCACAAGAUAUCUUAAAUAGUCCACUGCUUGUCCAUUCGUCUUUUGAGGGGGGUACACUUUUGGAGACAUUUCCACUAGUACGGCUGACGGGUAUCCUUUUAAUAUUAUAACACAUUUCAACGGUUUUACAAUGUUGAUGCCAGACGUUAUUUUUUUAAAGCUGGAUCGAAACUCAUUUGAUGUAAAAGUAUUAAUUUACUCAUUGUUAUCGUUCAGUGUUAAUAUAUCACUCCAUAACCUUCACCUUUAUACCCAGAUGAAUGUGAUAAACUAUAAGGGCCGUUUAAGGCAUCCAGCCAAACCAUCCCUUGCCCCUUUCCUUCCAUGUGCUUAUAAGGGAAGAAUGAAUACGCAGUCUGUUAAAGCAAGGUUUCUCCCCUAACCAAGGUCCCUAUUUUGGCUAAUAUCCCUAACGUAAAACUCUUUUUUUUUCCCUCACUCUAUGUACCUAAGUAAGGGUCUUUAGUCCUUUACUGGCUUAAUGUGGCGUCAUUUAGCCUUUCAUAAACUCAUAGUGCAAAUUAUAAAGAUGCUAUCGACUGCCAUACAGAUUUUGCUUAUUAUUUGUCAACUGGCGAUAAUUUAUUGAUGUUCUUUGUGAAGUUUGGGGAAACGUGAUAGUGAAGACCGGAAAUGGGUUAUCACUUAAAACAAAAAAAUAAUAUACAGUAUAUAUAAUGUAGUACUUAGCUUCGAUUCAUGUUAGCUACUGUAGUUUGAUAUUGUUAAACGGCAUUAUUCAUCUUGCUUUCACGGCAUUCAUUGUUUAUUUAUACCAUUGUUGACAUUUAUUUAUUUUCUCUGUUGAAUUGUAUGAAUUAGAUUUUGUUAGAGAUGCAUGAGUUAGAAUUUGUUUGUUUGUUUAUCUAUUUAUUUAUAUGUAGUGUUGACACCGUUCUCACUGUUUUGUUGUUGAAUGUUAUGACUUGUAACUUUGUGGUUACUGAACAAUAAAAGAUGACAUAAUA